CAACCUUUGAUUUUUCAGACCCUGAUGUCCUACUACCCGUUGUCCCUAUCCACUACCCCCAUACUAAUGAACCCCAUGUUACUUUAAAGGUGGGUAACACCUAUUAUGAUUGUCUAUUAGAUACUGGAGCUUCCUGGUCUGUAUUAAAGAGAACACUUAAUUUACAAUGUUAUUCUGUUGGCUCAGAGAAUGUAAUGGGAGUAUCAGGAAUAACCCAAAGAGUUAAAAGACUUCUUCCUAGAAUGGUGUCUGUAGGACCCCUAGAGGUACAACACUCCUUCCUUUUGAUGCCUGACUCCCCUUUAAAUUUGCUGGGGAGGGACCUUCUAUGCAAACUCAGAGCCACAAUAACCUGCUCCCCAGAUGGUUCCUUAUCAUUAGAAGUACCGGAGGAAUCUUUAAAUUUACUCCCUGUAAUUCUCUCAGAGAGUCAGGAGAAAAAAGAGCAUCCCACCUUUGCAAUACCUGAAGAUAUACCGGAGUCUCUUUGGGCCACAUCUUCUUCCAAUGUAGGCUUACUUAAGUCAGCUGUUCCUGUGCAGAUAAAAACUAAAUCUAGCCCACCUCCUUCCAUUCCUCAGUAUCCCCUCUCAAAAGAGACAAUUGAGGGAAUUACCCCAGUAAUGAACUCAUCAAUUGCACAGGGAAUAAUAAUCCCUUGUAAAUCUGAAUACAACACGCCCAUCCUGCCCAUUAAAAAACCAAAAAGAGGACCUGAUGGCAAACACCUCUAUAGAUUCGUGCAGGAUUUGAGGGCUGUGAACAAUCAUGUUAUAAAGAGACACUCCGUAGUUUCCAAUAUCAAUACUAUUAUUUCUUCUAUUUCUAGCACAGCUACAUGCUUUACAGUAGUAGACUUCUGCUCAGCCUUCUUUUCCAUACCCAUACAUGAGAACUUGAGACAUAUCUUUGCUUUCACCUGGCAGGGCCGUCAAUACUGCUAGAGUCGUUUGCCACAAGGUUUCGUAGACAGCCCGAGCUUAUUUGAGCAAAUUUUGAGCCAAGAUACAGAUAAUAUAAAAUUUAAAAACAGAAAAUUAAUCAAGUACGUAGAUGACCUACUCUUGGCCUCAACAGAUGCGGAAACAUGUCAGGAAGAUAGCAAGCACCUUCUUUUGGAAUUGCACAAAAGAGGUCAUAAGAUCUCGAAGGAUAAGGCUCAGUGGUGCCUCCCUAAAGUAGAUUUGGGGUUCAUCCUGACUGCAGGUGCCUGCUUGAUUUCUCCCAGACGAAUUGAGAAUAUUCAAAAUUUAAGUGCUCCUACCACUAGAAACAGUUGAGAGCAAUUUUGGGAGCAACAGGGUUUUGUAGACAAUGGAUUCCUUGCUAUGGGAAAAUUACUAAACCCCUUAUAGUACUAACAAGGGAUUUGGUCCCUGAACCCCUCAAAUUAGAACCAGAACACCUGUCAGCUCUAUCAGAUCUAAAAAAGGCUAUCCUGUCUGCCCCCGCUCUAGGCAUCCCAGAUUACAACAAGCCAUUUACUUUGUAUGUACACGAGCAAAGAGGGGUAGCUUCAGAUGUUUUAGCUCAGACUUUGGGACCUUCUGAGGGCCCAAUUGCCUAUUAUUCUGCCCAACUGGACCCAGUAGCAUCAGGAGCACCACCAUUUCUUAGAGGAGUAGCUGCUACAGCCUUACUAGUGACAAAAACUGUUAAUCUAGUAUUGGGAUGCCCAUUGACAAUUAUGUGCCCACAUGAGGUAGAAGCAUUGUUGCUAAGACACAGAACACAGGCAUUUUCUGAUCAGCGAAUUACAAGGUAUGAAAUAACUUUGUUAAACAAUGAAAACAUUACCUUGAAGAGCUGUUCAGCUCUUAACCCUGCCACCUUGCUUCUAGAUUUACCAACUUCAGGAGAACCAUUACAUAGUUGCGAAACACUAGUGUCCAUGGCAGAAAAGCCUUGAAAUGAUCUCUUGGACACUCCCUUAAACAACUCAGAUCUGGUCUUAUUUACUGAUGGUUCUUCUUUUAUGAGAGAUGGCAUAUGCUACACUGGAGCUGCUGUAGUUACAGAAUUUGCCACUGAGUGGUCAGCUUCGCUGCCCUCUAAUAUUAACGCUCAAGGGGCAGAACUCAUAGCUCUGAAACAUGCCUGUAUAAUUGUAUAAUUCUUAGUCUAGUAUUUGAAGGACUUCAGUUUUUUUUCUUAGCAAGGGAAUCUAAAGAUUCUAUACUUUUACCCCUCAACAGCUAGCUACUCAGAUUGAAAUUUUAGUCUCCAUUGGAUUUGCUGAACUUUCUCUUUUCAAGAGUGUAGAAGAACUCAUUCUGACCAGAGUUUUAUAUUUGGAUUGUGUGUGAUGAUUUUUUAAGUCUUUGAGAAUAUUAGAAGUAGGUUCAGAAACUGACUUAUUAAAGACCAUUUAUUCUAUAAAUAUUCAACUUAAUAUUAAAUAUAUGGGCAAGAUUCUGUGCUAAGUGCCAUAUGGAAAACAAAGACACACAAGGCAAUCCCUGCCUUCAAGUAGUUGAGAAUCUAGUGAUUUAAACAGUCAUGCUGAGGUAAGCAUAAAUUACCAUAUUUACUAUCUCCAAACUCUGUUGAAAUCAUUGAAGGCAUAAAUUAUUGUACCACUAUACUCAAAAACCAGGUUGAAAUAUUUAUGACAUAAAUAACUAUAUUUACUCAAACUAUGUUGAAAUCACUGAAAGGUUAAAUUUCUCUAUUAUUUAUGUGCUGUUGUUAUUAUAUCCAGCUAUGCCAAAAUGACCAAAGAGAUAAAUCACCAUAUAUGCUGUAUCCAAACUAUGCUGAAAUCAUUGAAGGCAUAAGUGCCAUAUUUCCUAUACCCAAACUAUAUCAAAAUCUUCAGGAACAUAAACUACUGUAUUUAUUUAAACUGUGCCCAAAUCAUUGAAGACAUAAAUUAUUUACUCAAAAUAUUCUGAAAUCAUUGAAGUCAUAAGUGAUCAGAUUUGCUCAAACUAUACUGCCAGCAUAAGCAGAAAUCAUUAAAGGAACAAAAUGCCAUAUUUACUGAAAUUUAAAAUAACCAUAAAAUAGUAGAUUUAGAGCUGGAAGGAACUUUAAAAGCUGUGAAGUAUAGCCUACUAUCUUUAUAGAUGAGGAAACCAAAACAGUCAACUUCUAUAGUUUGCCUAGGGUCACACAGAUAGUGUUUGCAGGAGAAUUUGAACUCAGGCCUUAUUGAUUCCAAAUCCAGUGCCUCUCUACCAGACUAUUCUGCUUCUAAGGCAUAAAUAAUCAUAUGUGUUGUACCCAAACUAUACUGAAGUCAUUCAAAACAACAUAGCAGGAUGCUAAAUGGGAUACUAACAAUCCAUCAUUUCCAAUUCAUGAGAAUAUCUAGUUGAAUUCUGGGGAGCAAUAGAGAAAUGGUUGGGUUGUUUUUUUUCUCAUAGAGACACUGGAAUUUUAAUCUUGUAGGUAGAAUAUGAUGUUCUAGAGGGUAAUUUUUUUUGAGGAUUAAGUUAUUAUUUGUUUAUUUUAAACCCUUAACUUCUGUCUUAGAAUCAAUAUCGUGUAUGGUUCUAAGGCAGAAGAGUGGUAAUGGCUAGACAGUGGGGGUUAAGUAACUUGCCUAGGGUCACACAGCUAGUAAGAGGUUUUUUUUUUUUAAUUUUUAAGUAUUUUGCCAUAAAGGGUAUUGUUUCCUUUCAUAUCCAGCACCUAGCACAGUGCCCCCUCUUUCUCACCCUUUGAUUUCAUAAGAGUUUGAACCCCCUCUACAAAUGCAAAUCUAGAUGCACUUUCUGGAGAAAUUUAAAAUUCUCUUAAAGAGAGCUAUCUGGGGGUCACAGAAAUGUUUAGUGACUUGAACAGGGUCACUGAGCCAAUAUGUGUUGGAAAUGAGACUUGAAUGCAGAUCUUUCAGACUCUAGGGCCAGUUCUCUACCCAUUAUGCUAAGCUGCCUCUAGCCUGGCACAUAAGCACUUAAUAUAUUCUUGUUCUGAAUAGAUUAAAGUAGAACACAGCUUGAUGUACAGUUGGUUUGGGUCUAACAGCUUCCUCCCGUUUAGAUCAUAGUGUCCCUCUUUAUGAUUUUUAUUUCGGUUUGGUGGGGAAGAAAGAUAAGGAGGGUUUAAAUUAUGUGUGACAAGUGACAGACCAUUUUCCAUUGCCUUCCCUUAGCUGCUGUCAUAACCUGAUUGAAAACUGCCUAGCCUCCUCUGAAGAGACUGGAAAGUGACCAGAAUUAACUCACACAGAAAACUCUAGGGCGGAACAUUUUCUAGAUUCCCGCGGCAUGACUUUUAAUUGUCUCUGGGGGCUGGAGUCUUCUUCAUCUCCCCAAACCAACCCAGCACUAACAGUGACCCUCUGCAGAACAGAGCUUCAAUUCUCCCUUGCUUCUCUCUUUCUCUAUCCUCCUCCGAGGUUCCACAGAGAAGAGGGCUGGACCGCCUGUGGCCCGGAGUCAGGGCUCCUCCUGGGGGCGGGACCCGGCAGCCCACUAUCUUGGGUAGUUCCCGGAGCGGGGCGCUGCUCCGCACUGUGAGGCUGGGGUGCUUUGGGAUCGGUACGAUGUAUCUCCGCAGGGCUGUUGGGAAGACUCUGACUUUGCCCCUGAGGACUGCUCCUUCCAGCCCCCCUUUGCUGUGGAAGCACGCAUCCCUUCGAGAGAUGUCAUCUAAGAAAGCCCCUGGAUCAGCUGGAUCAAAUAUGAUAUACUAUCUGUUUGUUGGUGUCACUUUUAGUGCUGGUGGAUAUUAUGUAAGUUCAACAGAUGAGGAAGUAAAGCCAAUGGAAACCAGUGAAGCCUGUUCAGAAGCCCCUAAUGAUGCUUCUACUUUGGAGGCUGGUUUGGCAACAGUUGAAGAAAACGUAGAUUUGAAAGAUGCAGCUCUGGAGGAGGCUCCAGCAACCAGUGAAGAAGCUGGUCCAGAGGAGGCUCCAGCAACCAGUGAAGAAGCUGGUCCAGAGGAGGCUCCAGCAACCAGUGAAGAAGCUGGUCCAGAAGAGGCUCCAGCAACCAGUGAAGAAUCAGGUCCAGAGGAGGCUCCAGCAACCAGUGAAGAAUCAGGUCCAGAGGAGGCUCUAGCAACCAGUGAAGAAGCUGGUCCAGAGGAGGCUCCAGCAACCAGUGAAGAAGCUGGUCAAGAGGAGGCUCCAGCAACCAGUGAAGAAGCUGGUCCAGAGGAGGCUCCUGAAGUCAGUGUCAAAACUGAUCCAGAGAUCAGUGAAGCUGCUAUAGUCAGUGCAGAAUCAGAGCCAGAGGUCACAGAUGCAGCAAUGCUGGAGGCAGCUGAGGUCAGUGAUAAAGCUCCAGAGGCCGAAGAAGCCUUAGCUGCAGAUACUGAAAUAGAGGAAGAAAAGAAAUCUCCCCCUGAAACUGAAACUUGUGCAGAGGCUGAGUUAUAGGAAGAAACCCUCCCAAGGCCUGAGGCUGCCUCAACCCAAAGGGUAACCUUAAUCUCAGUAUGCUUCUAAAAAAAAAAAAUCCCACCAGGCCAGUAAAGAUGUCAGAAUGUGGGCCAGUUAUGUGUAAAUUCCAGGAAGAAUAACUGUUCAUUCAAGGUUACUUUCUCAACAGUUGAAUGGACUUUAAAGAAUUAUAGAGUCAAUUGAUGGAUUUGGGGAAUGCAUUUGGUAAAUGUCCCAGGAAAUGUCUCCUCUGAGAUUAGAGAAUGAGGGAAGCACAGUAACUGGGAAGGUCAUGGGGAAAAAUCUGCUCUACUAAUGUUUUUCUUUUUCACAUUCCAAAUGACUACAAUUACCUAUCUAUAUAAUCCCAAAUUUCUUUUAAUUUCAAACAGUUAAAUCUCGUUCUGCCAAAUGGAUCUGGAUAGAGUGAGUGGCUCUCUCUGAAUCUGAAAUCAAGUCAGUGAAAUUAGUGAACAUUUUUAUGGUUUCCAAAUUUAUUCUACUAAUAGUUAUAGAGAUGGAAACGUGCACAUUUUAUGGUCUUGGGAAUACUGGUACUGCCUCUAUUUCCACUGUCUUAUCUCAACUGAAAUCAUUCUACCCCACUCUCUCAACUCAUCUUUCCAGCUUCUCUGUGUUAAAUGACAUAGCUUGAUAUAUUUCUUUCCCUUCAAUGCAAAUAUACUACUACAGGUUUGGGACUUGGGGCACCGAGUCUAAAAACUAAAAAUAAAUUUCCUAUAAAGCAGUCAUAUAGUUGGCUAUGAGCCAAUUACAUUCCUCACCCAAGUGCAUUUUGAUUUUCACUUGUGUGUAAAAAUUCUUGAGUGAGGGCUCUUACUGUCUCUAAAAAUAAAUUGCUAAAAUAUCUAAAUAAUGAAAGGAAGUAGAAUCUGUUUUAAUGGUGUUUUUCAAUCCAAUUCAAACAGAACUUCUUAUGUACCUAGGAUGUACAAGGCACUGCAUCCUGAGCUCUUCACUAUGUGAAGAGACACGAUGGAGGAAUACUAGAACUUAUAUAAUAGAAAGUAUUGGGUUUGGAGGAUCCAAGCUUGGUCCUUACUGGCACUUUAAUACCUAUAUGACCAUAGGCAGGUCUUUUUACUUUUUUGAGCCUCAGUUUUCUCUUCUGUAAAAUGAGAGGAGUUAGCCUAGAUGAUCCCCAAGGUUAAUUCCAGCUCAAAACCUAUAAUGCUAUAACCUUUUUAGCUUUUCAAAACCCUUGUUAUUUAUAAUAAUAAGCCCACUUUUCCUCUCUGACUGGAGGAGUAUGUCAGCCCUAUCUAAGAGAAAAAGGGGGAGAUAAUCUGCCAUCUCCAACACCCCUCCUGCUUAUUUUCCCUGUGGCCUGGGAUGGCAUAAGUAAGAGGGAAGAAUAAUUCCUCUAGAGUUGGUGGCCUGCAUAGCUUGCAGUAAAAUAAGUUUCAUGAAAUCUCGGAGUAAGAAGGGACUCAAAGAACUUCUAGUCCAACCUCAAAAUGAACAAGAAUCCUAUUUAUAAUUAUUCCCAACAAAUGGUAAUACAGCUUUUGCUUGCAACUCUAGAGUUAAAAGGAGCCUUAGAGAUAGAUCAUCUGGACCUGAGAUUCCCAACUGCUGUGCUUCCCUCAUUCUCUAAUCUCAGAGGAGACAUUUCCUAGGACAUUCCCCAACCUCUGUAGUGUUAUAAUCUGAUGAAGCCUCUGACUUCCUUAGAAUGUUUUAAAUGAAUAAAACAAAAUAUAGAGGAUUACAAAUGGAACCAAUUAUAUCAAAGUAUAGUUAUCUCUAUGUGUACAGGCAGUUAGAUGGUGCAGUGGAGACAGCAAUGGGCCUGGAGUCAGGAGGACUCGUCUCCCCGAGUUCAGUUCCAGCCUCGGACACUUACUAGUUAUGUGACCCUGGGCGAGUUACUUAACCCUGUUGGCCUCAGUUCCCCAUCUGUAAAAUGGGCUAGAGAAGGAAAUGGCAAACCAUUCCAGUAUCUUUGCUAAGAAAACCCCCAAUGAGGUCCUGACUGGAAAAUAACUGAACAACAACAACAAAUAUACAUAUAUGUGCAUGUGUGUAUAUACAUAUAUGUGUGCACGUGUACAUAUGUUUUAUGUGUAUCCAUGGACCCAAGGUUAAGAGCCCUUACUCUAUGGCUUUUUCUCCUUCCUAGUAGGGGAAGGGAGACAAAGAAAGUGUUUGUAUGCCUGCUCCAAGCUAGGUUCAGAAAGUAAGCCCCAUGGGUGCUACUGUCCCCUGGAGGCUUUGAGCGUUCACUGUUAUACAGGUGACUUCAUUAAUCACAAAAUAAAUACCUAUGUGCUGAGGAAGGUGGAAUUUUUCCAGUAUUAAAAACAUGGGCUUAAAAAAAAAAGGGUCAGGCAUUGUGCCCUCUUCAGUAUUGCACCCCAGGCAACUGCUGCACCCAUACCUUCCUCUGAUUGGGCAAAUUAGGAGGAAAUAAAUCAAAGCUGUUCAUUUUAUCCAGUUGGAAUAACUUUUGAAAUUAAUGGUGAUCAAAUGAAAUGAUAUCUCGAAAAUAUUGUUCAAACCUUAAGACACUAUAUAAAUGUCAUCUAUUAUUAUUCAGAAUCAUACACUAGAAUUUGGCUUCCUUUGUCAAGUGCACUUGGAGAACUGAAUCCUGUCAGGAUUAAGUGACUUGCCCAAAGCCAUACAGUGAGUGAGUGAGUGGCAGAUCUGGACAAGAACUCACAUGGCCAGGCUCCUAAUGUUAUGCCCCCCCCAUGAUAAAUGAUUUCUAAUUACAGUAUUUAGACUAGGAAAGUAUCAUAAUCUCCUUUAUAUAAUAUUUGUGAAUGGAGUAAUUUCCAGUAGAACAAUCAUGAGCAACCCUUUAAUAGAGUCCAUCUUCCUUCAUACUGUGCUAUUCUAAAGGUAUUUUAAUUUUAUUUGAGAAUGAUUCACUAUAAACAACAUUAAACAUGAAUACAAUGAAUUACAAUUGUUUUUCAGCUAUUUUCCAAUGCUGCACAUUUGCAUGACAUUGAUUUAAAUGAACCUUUGUACCAAUCUGUGUCUUUCAUAGAAAUGUGUUUGUUAUAUUAGCAAAGUACUAAAAUAAUAUAUAUUUUUUCUCUUCCUCAAAAUAGCACAGGAAUGAAAAUUGGUACAUUAGAACCACUUUUUCUUAAGUAGAGUUAAAACUGAUUAAUUUGGACAAUAGUUAGAGCCCUUGUGACAAUUUGUGGUAAUUAAAAUUUAUGAUAAUUAGAAUUGGGCUGGGAUGAAUUUUACCUUCACUAGUUAGGAUGUCUUCUAUGAAAUGAGGGGUUGGACUCUUGUGGGGUAGUAGAGUCAGCUCAAAGAGCCAACUGUUAAAUUUUCAGCAAAGUGCAGAAAUUGGCAAGUGCUACCAACCAUGGCUUGAUUUAUUGCUGUAUUGAUUGUCUAGACUUAAGCAGGUGAUGGUGAAAAUGUUAAAAAUGCAAAUUAAACUAAAACUGUGGAGAGAGAGAGAGAGAGACAGACAGACAGAGAGAGAGACAGAGAGAGAAACAGAGAGACAGAGAGAGAGAGAGAGACAGAGAAACAGAGAGAGAGAGAGACAGAGAGAGACAGAGAGAGACAGAGACAGAGACAGAGAUAGAGAGACAGAGAGAGAAAGCUGGUUAUUAAACAUUUACCAGUAAAUGCCUGGUAGAUGAUCUCCUAGUCCCUUUUUUUAGCUUUAAGCCCAUCAUUCCAUGAAGAAAUGUUUUUUCCCCUCCUAAGCAAAUUAAUGACAAUUAACCCACUUCAGAGAACAAACUGCUUUUUAGGGUUUUAGUCAUUCAUUAUGUGCAUACAUAUAUUUUUAGUUACAGAAGAGUCUUAUUCAUUAGUAAACAAACUUACCAGGAUCUUAAGAUGGAAACAUCCUAGUAGUUACUUCAAGUUAUCCUACGUGCUUAAAGGAAAUAAAGUUCAUUUCUUUUAAAAAAUGUAACUCAAAAUGGCACUUCUGGUUAUUCAUAUUGCUUAAGUUUUACUAUAUUUGUAAUAUUCUGAAUUGCUAACUUUGGGAUAAAAUAUUUUGGACACCUUAAGGGUCCCAAAGAGAUUUUCCAUAGGUCUUUUCAGAGUAAAAACGUAUAGUAAAGAAAUGAUUAUUUGAACUAGUAGCUGGUUGAUGUUAAUAAAAAUAAGUGCAUAUUAUACAUGGGCCACCUUAUUACACAUGGGUGGAUUUUAACAUAUAAAAAUAUAAUAAUGUGUACUUUGUACUAACAUUCUACUAGACACCAUUUAGACUUUCUUUGAAGAUAACAGGACCUCGCAGUGCCUCAGGGUCAUUGUUAAGAAUGUCAGGUAUCACUGUAAAUGGCAAACAGCCAGUGCUGUUGGUUGAGAACUAAGAUUGGUUGGACUCUAAAUAAAGUUAAUCUUUAGUAGAAUUAAGAGAAACAUUAAAAUACAUAUUAGCUUAUCCAGAUGAAGAAAACAUAAUCAAGAAGACUACAUGCACAAUCUCAUAAUAAUGUAGAAGAAAUCAACACAAAAAAUGACAAGAAUCCAGAAGAAAUGCAAGAAAUAUUCUUCUUCCGCAUCCCAGCACCAACAAUGAAACACUCUUCCCUUUGCAAACAUUCUGAGAGUUUAUUUUGCUUAACUAUUUUUUUUUUGUUAUUACAGAGGGUAGAGGGGGGAUGGUGAUGGGAAAGUGUCUGAGGUGUAAAAAAAUGAAUAGAAU